GUCUAGACAUUUAUCUGCUGUUGCUAUGUGAAUAUCACCGAUAAUCAGUCAUAGAGUUGCUACAAAUAUUACUCAAUGUAUUAGCAAGACAGAUUGCACAUCUAUAGAACAGAUUGCUAUUGGUAAUGAAUUGCCCUUAGGGAAAUUAUAGCCGCUCCAGCCAUUGAUUAUGAUUUUUUAUUGUCGAUGUUCGGAUUAUGGUCAAUAUGGCAUUAUAGGGCUGACUGAGCAUAACUUAUUUAUCUGCGUCCCAAUCUGUUGAAUGUUAGGACAACAAAUGGGGUAUCCGCGAUUAGAGCAACUAAUACCUCAAGCAGAUUACGGAUGAAGCCGAAAAAGGAGAUGUGUUUUUAAUGGCUCUACUAUUCAAAUAUUCUAUUUGCUGCUCUGUUAACUGAGCAAAGAACAUUCCUAAACAGCGGGUAUCAGCAUAAACAGAAUAGCUGAAUAUUUUUCAUUCACUGCUGUUGUAGAGAAGAUAUGUUUAUGAAAGAAAUGUGUCGUUUGGAUAGCUUUUCCAUUAGCAAGGCACAGUUUAUGGUUGCAAUAGUUAAGAGAAGAAUUCAAAUUGACCCCAACAUUUCCGAUAACGAGUGCCUGAAACUCAUCGAUUCCAUUGGCAUCCAGCAGAGAGCAAGUGAAUAACCCAAAACAUGCGGAGUUUUAUGCGCAUAGAACUGUGAGACUCCACAAGGAAAGCGAUCCUUGGUACAUUCUCCCGGUUUGCAUAGCCUCACGCUUACAGCUGGUAAAAGGCCGGUGUGAGGGCAAGGGUGGAGACGUUAUCGCAUCGUCGGGCUAUUAGGCAGUGACUCGAGGUCUUGACAGAAACAUGAACGGCUAUCAUACCGCGUCCCCGAAACGACGGGGCAACCAGAUCAAGAUCGUGCUGCGAUCCAUAGCACGGCCACGAAAGCCCAACUCUUCUAACGCACGAGAAAGUCAAGUCAUGGUCGACAAAAAGACCAGUUCUCCUAUCAUCGCAUUCGCCUCAGGGCCGGGAUUUGAGUCGCGUGAGAAGGAGAUUAAUUUGCGGGACCUAAAUGGUGUGAACGUCAACGAAUUAGACGAUUCUUUAAGGGACAUUUUAAUCGAGAGGCAGCGAAACUCACGAGCGAGUUCAGUCACGACAACCGAUGAUAAUGAUGAUUCAGCGUCGAUUGUCUCCGAGUUAUCGACUUGUAGCUCGGCUGUGACGAUCGGGUUGGAGCCAGUUGACGAGAUUGAGUCAAAGUAUCCUCCAAGUCCUGCCACACAACACAAGAGCUUUAUGUCAAAAGCUCGAAGAAAAUCUCCGAGGCCUCCACCGUCAAGCCCUCGGUAUCACGAGCAUAUUCCGAACUAUCCUUUGUCAAGCCCUCGGUGUCACGAGCACAUUCCGAACUAUCCUUCGUCAAGCGAAGCAGAAGACGAAGAGAAAAAGAACAGUCUCGGGCGGAAGACGACUAAGAAAAUAACCAACUUAUUUUCUUUUAGUUCCAGUUCUUCUUCGAACCAGAAUCUUUCGACAAUCGAUAACUACUCGUGCGAGAAGGCACCGACUCCCGAAAGAAAGCGAAGGCAAUCGUUUUCCCGACGAUCACCUUUGAACUUCGGUGGCUUUUUUGGAGGAGGGACAAUGAGUAACGCGGGCUCGAAUCAAAGUAUCUCGGAAUCUAAACCAGAUUUAACCGCUGAGAGCCCCGGAAGUCCUGUUAUAACUAGAGAGCCAAAAGGGCCACCGCCCACUCCGCCACCAAAACCAAGUCGCAAACACUCGCUGGGUACAAGAAAGCCUAUCAGCUUACAAGAGUCCAAACAGCGGCGUAACACCGACCCUAGCCUGCCGCCAGGUACAAUCCUAGAGGCUCAGCAGUCAAAUAGGAUGGAGCUUAAGGUGGACGAGGACCCUAACCAGGACCGCGUGCGCAAGGUCUCGUUCAGUACCCUAGCACCCGUCAUCCAAGAGGUAGACUCGCCCGGGACUCCAGAGCCGGCAACAGUAGAACCUAAAGAGGUAUUCUUCAAAGACGACGAUAUCAAGCUACGGGAUUUAAUGGAGGAUAUUUUGAGAGCGCAUAUGCUCUCAAUGAAGGACUACAAGAAACCAACAUGUGACAGAACAGGAAAGAGUAUAUGCAAAGUGAUCAAGACUCUCGUGGAGGCCAUGAAAGCAGCCGAAGGGAUGGAAUGUAAAGUUGUUUGUUUGGUGUAUAUUGCUGCCAUUCGGGACAGCGGUGUGUACAUGUCGACGCAGGCGCUGUGGGAUAACGAUCAGGAUAAUUUCGCAGCAGCGAGCUUUAGGAAUGACUCAGUUUUCGGAUUUGCUACUGUCAUGGCGACUCCACUGAUGACAGUGUGAGAUUACUAUGCCGAUCAUUUAAUUGCUGCUCUUUAAAUGCCUGAAACUCCGCUUUCCCCACCCCACGAUCUGCUAGUUUAAAAAGCAGAAAAGUAGUCUGAUCUAAGUAUGUUCACAGACGAUCACUAUUAUCUGGCAAGUUUAAGAUUUUCAUAAAAUAAUUUCAUUAUCCCUCUUCAAACACCACGACCGUAUCGUCCUCGUCAAUGCAUUAUUGUUGUCAUCGUUAUCAUCACAUCAUUAUCAUUAUCAUUUGCAUCAUCGUCACCCCGUCAAGUAAAACAGGAAUGAAACCAGGAAACAAUGGCUUCGGAGCUUGCGAGUUUUAGGUGUUUCAGUUUUGGGGGUUAUCUUUGUUCACUAAUUGGAGACCGUUAGAAAAAUAGGAAGGUGAUAGCCACCAGGGUUCCUAGACGUCAAUCAAAUACAUUAUCAUGAGCUUCAUUUUACGUGGGUACUAUAGUAACCGUACUCUCGUGUAAUAAAGUAAAAGGGCACAAAACGGAUCUGUUCCGCAAAAUAUCUGCUCCGCAGCCCGCUUUUUUUGCUGGAUGGGAAAAUAUUGGACCUCUCGGUUGCUGGGAAAAAAAUCGUCCCAAAUGGUUCUGCUCGUCCCGAAUGGUUCUGCUGGCAGAUUUGUGGAGUCGAACUAGUUGUGCUGGGAAUAUUUUUGGGGGCGCUGGAGCUUGGGAAAACAAUCGUCCCGAUCGGUUAUACGGGUAAUGAAAUGCCUAACCACUGCUGGCUGGGAAAGAAAGGAAUGGUCCCUCCUGGGAAAAGAAAGAGAUAUUUUUUUCAGCAACUUUGAAAAUGGAUAUUUUUGGAAUCAGAACAUAUUCAAACGACAAAAUAUGCCAUUCUAACGUGUUUGGUCGUUGUGUGCCAUUGAAAGUAUUGUACUGUAAAAGAGGUCUAGUUGGCGUCAUCCUACAGUGUUUUGAGUAAAGACUUGAUCCAGGACUUGGAAUCCAGGCUUUUCAACGUGUAUGUUUUUUUGUUCCUUACCCACCCCUCCCCUUCACUUUUCUAAUGGUCCUUUUCUAAAAGGUAGGAGUGGUCCGUUUACCUCUGGAGAAGAUACUAUCAUCACUGACUAAUAAUCUAUGCAGUGCCUACAUUUAAUGACGAACUCAGUCCAGUCUAUCUGAAGGGUUACAUCCGGCAGGGAACAAGCAAUUGCACACUAGUCAUUUAGCCGUUUGAAAUACUAAGCAAGUGAUGCUUUAUAGACCCCAAAGGAGAAGGUUAUACUUAGUCUAAAAACGGACACGCCAGCACGGCUGAACUGAGUUCAACUGGCUCUCGAACGCUCUAGACCUUACCCAGGAAAGAGGUCAAGUCUCGACAAGUCUUUCUAGCUUGCUGUUCUAUUGACACGCUAAAACUCAACCGUCUCAAGGCUUUUCUACACUCGACACUCAAGGAAAGUUAUGAAGUUGCUCAGAGCGAUUGGUGAGAUCGUCAGAGGCCUCGUGAACAAUGAGCACGGAUAGGCACCACAGGAAAGCCGGAAAAUCACAGUGUGACACUGAUAGAAAAUCCUAACGAGUACCGAUUUUGACCCCUAAAAAAUACGACGAGCAUCCCAAUCAGGUCGACAUGGGAAGAACCCCCUCUCCCCCUCCCUGGAUCAAGCUACUGUAACGAUGGAAAAAGACGUGAAAAACGACGUUCUAAAUCAAUCCGAGGACCGUAUAAAUUGUCUUGAAGUCAAAGUUAUCAGGGAAGAUAAACCCACCAAGUUCAGGGUAAUACUCUUGGAAAGACUUCACAGAGCCUUGUUUGCACGUAGCCACGCGAAGGAUGGCGCGCGAGCCGGGUUGGUGUGUUGAAUAAUAUCAUGAUAUUCGGCUGCUCUCAAACCUACGGAGUCAUGUUCCCUGUUCUACUCGAGGAGUUCGGAGAGAGUAAAGUUAAGUAAAGUUAGGUAAAGUUUCACAUUAUUAGUGUUUUCUUACGAUAUGAACGACAACAACCUUUUAUUUACCUCUAGGCUUACACACAUUCUUUUUAAAUGAAAGGGUACUUGCAUCUUAAAACUGAAGAUUAAACAAGUGUGUCUAACGAAUGUGUUUAGUCUAACUUUUAUCGAUGAUUUUGAUAUUCGACGGAUUGGUUAAACGACAGGAGACAAAGCAGUUUAUUUUCUAUCAUUCAGUUCUUGGGAGAAACGAAGCUUUCGUCUACUCCUUGUCUUUAAUCAUUUUCCCUAUAGUAAGGUCACAUUUGAACAGCGCCAAUGCAAAGAAACAAAAGAAAGCGCUGCCGGUGAACUUCUCACACAUUUCAAAAACUGUAGAGAAAAGUAGACCCAUGUCAUCUCAUAAAACGAAAUAGCCAAACAUUAUCUAACCACAUGUUUUACACGGUAAUCAUCUGAUCAUUUUAUACACAUUGAAAAUAUUACUCUCGGGGUCUCCCAAUGGCACGAGGAAUAAAGUUUGUUAGUCUUAAAUUUUGAUAAUAAACCAGGAAAUUCCCUCUGA